GAGGAAAAUGGAGCGAUGCGGUCACGUGAACAUCGCCAUGAUAGAAGACAUUUGCGCCAACGGCUCGGCGGGGUCAAAGGUCGCCACCAUCACGGAGCCGACCAAGCAGCCGUGCGGCUCCACUGUCAGCUUCCACGACGUCCGCUACAAAGUACACGUCAAAGGCGGCUUCAUGGGCAAAAACACGUCAAGCCUUCGCCAGAUACUGGUGGACCUCAACGGCAUCAUGAGGCCGGGCCUCAACGCAAUUCUCGGCCCGACCGGCAGCGGCAAAUCAUCAUUCUUGGAUAUUCUCGCCGCGAGGAAGGAUCCUUCUGGUCUCUCGGGGGAAGUUUUAAUCGACGGCGCGCCACAACCACCAAACUUCAAGUGCCUCUCGGGAUACGUAGUCCAGGAGGACGUUGUCAUGGGCACGCUAACGGUGAGGGAGAAUCUUCGUUUCUCUGCAGCCCUGCGUUUGCCCAACUAUGUGUCGGAGCGCGAAAAAGAGGCCCGUGUCAAUCACCUCAUCACAGAACUGAGCCUUGCCAAGGUGGCCGACUGCAAGGUGGGCACUCAGAUGACUCGUGGAAUCUCAGGAGGCGAGAGGAAGAGGACCAACAUAGGAAUGGAACUCAUCAUCGAUCCUCCCGUUCUGUUCCUGGACGAGCCCACCACAGGACUGGACGCCAGCACGGCUAACUCGGUCCUGCUGUUGCUCCGAAGGAUGGCCAACCAUGGGAGAACCAUCAUCAUGUCCAUCCACCAGCCUCGCUACUCCAUCUACCGGCUCUUUGACUCGCUCACCUUGCUGGUCUCUGGCAAGAUGGUGUACCACGGACCAGCGCAGAGCGCUUUGGAUUACUUCGCCGACAUCGGAUAUUCCUGUGAAGCACACAACAACCCGGCUGACUUCUUCCUGGAUGUGAUCAAUGGAGACUUCACCGUCACCAGCAUCUCCAAAGUCGACAUUUCUGAGGAUAUGGACUUUGAAGAGCUGAGCAGUACCAGGCAGGGCAUGGAGGAGCGCCUGGUGGAGGAGUACAAGAACAGCAGCUACUGCAGCGACAUGCGCACCCAGCUGGAGCGCAUCGUGCAGGACAAGCGCUGCUCCUCGCGGCCCAAGUCCCGCACCGUCACCUACAACAGCUCCUUUUGCCACCAGCUACAAUGGGUGCUGCACAGAACGUUCCAGAACCUUAUGUUGAACCCACAAACGUCCGUGGCCCAGGUGGGGGUCCACAUUUUCCUGGCUCUAAUUGUGGGAGCCAUUUUCUUCAGGGUCAAAGACGAUCAGAGUGGCAUCCAGAACAGGAUGGGGGCGCUCUUCUUCAUCACCACCAACCAGUGUUUCAGCACGGUGUCGGCGGCCGAGCUCUUCAUCACCGAGAGGAAGCUGUUUGUGCACGAGUACAUCAGCGGCUACUACAGGGUGUCUGUCUACUUCCUGUCUAAGGUCUUGUCUGACAUGGUCCUGCGCACCGUCACCUCGGUCAUCUUCAGCUGUGGGGUCUACUUUAUGAUUGGGCUCAAAACCACAUUGGCCGCCUUCUCCGUCUUCACGCUGACAGUCACCCUGGUGGCCUACACCGCCACCGCCAUGACCAUGGCCAUCUCCGCCGACCAGACGGUGGUGGCGCUCGCAAACAUCUUCAUGACCAUCACCUUCGUCUUCAUGAUGAUCUUCUCAGGUCUCCUGGUGAACCUCCCGAGCAUCAUGGACUGGCUCGCUUGGCUCAAGUACUUCAGUAUUCCUCGCUACGGCCUGGCGGCCUUGAAGAUCAACGAGUUUGUGGGUUUAAAAUUCUGCGAGGAGGAGGUCGGCGCCACGCCCAACGCCAACAUGUCCGCCGUGACCACCAACUGCAGCACGAUGAUCACGGUCGGAUUGACAUGUACGGGCGAGCAGUACCUGGACUAUCUGGGAAUAGAGUACACCACCUGGGGCUUGUGGGAGAACCACGUGGCGUUAACCGUCAUGUUGUUCGCAUUCUUGCUCAUUUCCUAUCUGAAGCUCCGCUACAUUAAGAAGUUCACUUGAAAUGUUAGUCCCAGCCGCUAACUUAGUAGGAAAUGGUAUGGAAAGUUCCUAGCAGGUUUGUGUUCAAAGGGGUUAUUUAUAUAUUUGAUCCUUUCUGUUUUAGAAUUAGACUAAACGUUUGCAUAAUGUAUUGACUUCAACAGUGAAUAUUUGCAAU